AUGCUUUGCAAUCUCACAGGACUUGUUCCCGUCGUACCUACAACCGAAGGUUCGAAGAAACGAACGAGUGAUUUCCAGCAUCCAGGUCUCUGGCAUAGCCAUGCAGACCUCGAAACAAUGCGAAAAAAUGCCUUGGGAGGAGUCGAGCCAUGGGCAUCGGCGUACUCGCGAUUCUCCAACGAUUCGUACUCCUUGGCGACAUACAAAAUGCAAGGUCCUCAUGCUGUUAUUAGCCGGGGAGCGAUCAGCAAUUACACCAGUUUUACCAAUGAUGCACGUGCCGCUUACCAAAAUGCCAUAAUGUAUCCGCACUCAGGGUACAUCACGAAGGACCAGGCCCACUGGGAUCGAUCCACAACGAUUCUGGAUGCCUGGGGUACUAAUUUAACCAAUAUUAUUGGCACUGAUCGCUCUCUGCUAAUCGGCAUCGACGGUCUGCCCUUUGUCAACGCUGCAGAGAUCAUGCGCUGGGAAGGCGGAUGGGUCGAGCAGGGUGCAUCCUGGAAAGGCGGCUCUGGGUUCAGCAUCCAGCUGUACUGGCUAUUCGCACGGCAAAGCAUCAUCAUCGGACAAGCAAACUACGGUGUGGCUAGCAUUAUGGGCUUACUCAAUUUCGCCGUCUACCUGGAUGAUGUAGCCCUGUACAACUACGCUCUUUAUGCUUACAAGAACGACCUUUGCGCCGGUCUAUCUGCGAACUUUGAUCAGACCACAGGACAGAGCGCAGAGGCAGGUCGAGAUCAGGCGCAUGUACAGGAUGGACUCCAGUGGCUAUCAAUGGCCUCCAAAGUGGUGAAGAACCAAGGCUAUGAUCUCUUCUCACUGGACAACAAUCUCCUGUUCAAGGGAUCCGAAUACGCGGCCAAGUACAACCUGAACGGGACCGUGCCCUAUGAUCCAUCGUUCUACAGAUGCGAAGCCGUCUUGGUCAAUGGACCAUGGGCAAAUAUCUCCGCAGAGAAUCGGUAUAUUGGAUACCAGGAUGGAAGGACCAAUCCGGCAUGCUGGGGUAUUACUUACUAUGAGGGUCUUUCUCGUGGUUUGGAUAUUCCCUGGACGAAACGUGCAAAGGACCUUUAUGAUGGAUCGGUGGAGGGUCAGACCUCUCCCACUGAUUUCAUGAGUUGGGCCGAUUUGCUGUUUGCUACCAAGGCAAAAUCUGGCAAAUAA